UCGAAUCAGCUGUUGCAGUCGACGUGGGGAACAUUACCGGCUGUAAUCUUGCACGGCUCCACGCUUCUCACUAACCUAGAUUACCGCCUGUUUGUCAGAUCAAAUGGAGAGCAGAAAACGGCCGUUAGCUACAGUUUUGACCCCUAAUGACGGCUUCAAAACACCCGAGAAGAGAGUGGCAGCGGUCCGGCUGCAGGACUCGGACUACAUGCGAUGGGGAGUGGAGGAAACGUGUCUGUACCUACGAAGAGAGGAUCUGGGAGAGUGGGAGGAAAAAUUUCGAGCACAAAAACUGACAGGGGUCGGCCUGCGGUAUCUCAAGGAUGCUGAUCUGGAGAAGAUUGGCAUAGAGUGCCUCGGUGACCGUCUGCGGAUCCUGCACAGCCUCAGGAAGCUGUGGCAGAUAGAGGCAGAGGCCAGUAAGGUGUUUAAUGAUCCCAUCCACGGGCAUGUGGAGUUACACCCUCUGCUCAUCAAAAUCAUUGACACACCUCAGUUCCAGAGGCUGCGAAACCUCAAGCAGCUUGGAGGGACCUACUUUGUUUUUCCCGGAGCAUCCCACAACCGCUUUGAGCACUGCAUUGGGGUGGGUUACUUGGCGGGACGACUGGUGCAAGCUCUGAAUGACAGGCAGCCAGAACUCCUCAUCUCACGCAGAGACAUCCUUUGCGUGCAGAUCGCCGGGCUGUGCCACGACUUGGGACAUGGGCCAUUCUCCCAUAUGUUUGAUGGGAAGUUCAUCCCCAAAGCACGUCCGGAAAUCACCUGGAAGCACGAGACGGCCUCUCUAGCCAUGUUUGACCACCUGGUGACAGACAAUCACCUGAGGCCGGUGAUGGAGCAGCACGGCCUGGUGCUGCCCGAGGACCUGGACUUCAUCAAGGAACAGAUUGCUGGACCACUGGACACUAAUGCAGCUCAAGGCCAGAAGUGGCCAUAUAAAGGCCGUCUAGAAGACAAGUCCUUCCUCUAUGAAAUCGUGGCCAACAAGAGGAAUGGCAUUGAUGUGGACAAGUGGGACUACUUUGCCAGGGACUGCUACCACCUGGGCAUCCAGAACAACUUUGACUACCGCCGCUUCUUAAAGUUUGCCAGGGUGUGUGAGGUGGAAGGACAGAAGCAGAUCUGCGUUAGAGACAAGGAGGUGGGCAAUCUGUAUGACAUGUUUCACACAAGGAACUGCCUCCACAGAAGAGCCUACCAGCACAAAGUGGGCAACAUCAUCGAGACCAUGCUCACGGAGGCCUUUUUGAAAGCCGACGGCCACAUCCAGAUUGAAGGCUCAGAGGGGAUGAAGCGCACUCUCUCCACAGCCAUAGAUGACAUGGAGGCCUACACCAAGCUGACAGAUCACGUGUUUGAACAAAUACUGAACUCCUCCUCCCUGGAGCUGGCUGAGGCGAGGCAGAUUCUACGCAACAUUGUCUGUCGCCGCCUCUACAAGUGCUUGGGUCAAACCCAGGCAGCCAAAGCCAUGAGUGUCACCCAGGAGACGAUUCACUCCUGGGAAGCAGAGUUGGCUCAGAUCGCCCGUCAGAGUGGCGCCCAGGAUGUCAGUCUGAAGGCAGAGGACUUCAUAGUCAGCGUCAUUAUGAUGGAUUAUGGGAUGAAGGAAGAGAACCCCAUCAACAACGUGCGUUUCUAUUGCAAGGACGACCUAACCAAAGCCAUCCAGAUUUGCAAAAACCAGGUGUCUAAACUUCUUCCGGAGCAGUUUGCCGAGCAGGUGAUCAGGGUCUACUGCAAGAAGACAGAUGACAAGAGUCUGGAGGCAGCCAAGAAGCACUUUGUCCAGUGGUGCAUGGACAAGGACUUCUCAAAGCCUCAGGAUGGAGACGUAAUAGCACCUGAGCUGACUCCUCUGAAAGAAAGCUGGUCGAACAAAAAGGACGAAAAUGGUGAAGGCGGCAGCUCCAGAAACAUGCACAACAUGAGAGCAAAUGGAGAAAAUAAAGCCAAAACUCAGCUUUUUAAGUAAGAAAUCCCCCCACACACACACAUUUGGUAGAGUUAUUUUUUUCUAUGAGGCGAGUGUGUUGAUUAGCACUGCAAAGAUUCAAUUCAUUAAUUGGAUUUAAAGCUUAGUUUUUCCACCCAAAAGAAAUUCCUUCAAUAAAGGGGAUCCGUGAAUGCACAUCCAGGGCCUGCACUCAGGGUUUUUACAGACAUAGAUCCCUCUUCAACAUCAUGCACACUUUUUAUUUAUGAUCAGGUUUUAUGUUAUACCCCUUUCCAUUUGAAGCUGUAAGUGUUCAUUUUUGCAAUAUCCUCCUAUCAUGUGUUUGCUUUAUGAGCAACUCAUCAUGAUCUGUAUAGAUGUUUUACUCUGAACAUGUGCACAAUAUAUAUUUCAGGGCAGUGUUUUUACAGCUGGUAUGUUUCAGGGUGUUCUUUUAUUCAGCUUUUUAAAGAAAUCUGUCAAAUCUGCAGUCAAAAGUUAGUCAACAUGCACAUUUUCUGACAGACAUUUAGAGCAUUUGUUUUUACUUGUGGAGUUAUUUGAGAAUUUGAUUUGAUCUUACUUCGUAUUUAUUUUUCAGAGGGGUUUUCUGGUUGAAUGUACUUUAUUUAUUGUUCUUACGGCAAGUUGCUCAGCUUGACCACCUGUACAACAUUUUAACGGCUAUGUUGGAUACCGUUUAAAAUAUAUUGUAAAAUGCUUCCACUUACCAAGAUGUGACACAGCCUCAUCAGACUUGCCUCAUAGCUGGUUGUUUUGUUUUGCUUGAUUGUGUGAAAAUAUGUCUGAAAGAAUGUAAAGGGAAACCUACCAAAAGGAUGAGGAGAUCCUGUACAUGCUAUCCCUAUUGACAGGAGUUGGAAACAGUUUGAAAAUUAAACUCUUUUUGU